AAACUGCUUUUACGUGAAAGAAAUAAUUUAUUGGAAGCCCACCUUAUGGCGCACAGAUGAUCAAUCCGGUUCGGAUGAUCUCGAAGAAGAAACACUAAAUCGUAUGCUACUUUUCAGUCCGCUUCAGCAAAGAUCAUUCAUCAGCGGCGACACUCUCUCUUGCAAUCUCUCACUAUCCUCUUGAUUCGCCGAACACUGUUUCCUUGCUUGAUUUAACUCUGCGAAUUGUUCACGCUUUUCAUCUGAUCACCAUGUGGAAGCUUACUGCUUCUUCCGAAAAGGUUUGAGAAAUCUUGUUGAUAGCUCGCUCUUUCAUCUUUUUCCAUGCAUCACUGCUCUUGAAUUUUCAUUGAUCUGUGUUUGCUAACGGAUCCUUCAAGAACCUUGCUAGGGUUAGGGUUCGGGGAUUGGGGUUGACCCUGUAAUUCUGUUGCGGUGGUUGAAAUUUUUGGAUCGAUUCGAUUGAUGGGACUUUUGUAAUCUCCGUUGGAUUUAAGAAAUUGGGGGAAAAAUUAAAAAUUUAGGGUUUAAGGUUUAUCUUUGUUUAGUGAGCUCACGAUGCAAUCUAGACGGCGUCAAGAUCAUAUUACAGUAUCUCCAACAUCACGUGCUCAGCACCGCCUUGAACCGGGUUCUCACUCAUAUCGAAGACCUCGCCGUGAUGGGUUGGAUCGGGAGAUCGGGCGUGAGAGGAACUUGAGUCCUCAUAAGAUAAAUGAGCUGCGACGAGGUGCGGGUGCAAACAAAGGGGGUGAUGAUUUUGAGAGGAGGGAUCAUGACUGGCAUUUGGGAGAUCGUAGGAGCAGCCAGGCCAACUCCAGAUCGCCUCCUAUUGAACAAACGAGAAAAAGGCCACUUUUUGAUGAUGGGGUUAGGCGUAGAAGUUGUUCCCCGUCUCUGGGGAUGAGACCAAGAUAUGAAAUGGCCAAAACCACGGAAUACUAUGUUGAUGGUGAAAAUUUGGAUACAAAGCAUGUAUAUGGAUAUGACCAUGAUAACUCCACGGUUAAUAGAGAGAAGGAUUUAACUGAUAGCAGAUUAGGUGGUGGAACAGGCAUGCUGGACCCUAAGUUGAUGGUACAUGAAAGUGAAGCACGAGGACCUUAUGGGCCAAUUCCUGAUACAGGUCUAACAUCUCAAUAUAAAGAAACUGACGGGCACUUGCCUCUAUUGUCAAGGGGUGUAGAUAUGCAGAGACUUGAGUAUGAGCGACUGCAGCAUCGUGAUUCACUAUGUUCAGAUAAGAUGCCUGUUGCUGAAUCUUACAAACGUGUAGAAAAGCCUAUAUUACAUGCAACAGAAGUAUCACGCCCAUCAAUAUCACCUUCUUAUAUGAAGGAUUAUGUGAGUACUUCUCAGUUGAGGGAUCAUGGAAGCUCCUCUAUAGGAAUGCCAAGGAGUGAUAUAUUAUGUUCUCAUCAUGAUGGCAACCAUUUACCUGCAUAUUAUGAACUGCCAAGGAGCAGCGGAAAACUCCCUGAACCUGUAGGGUAUAGUGGAUAUGGACAAAGGCCCCUUAUGGAUAGUGCUAGAGAUGCAGAACCUGGGCAGAGGAAUGUUGGUCAGCAACGAUGUGCUUUUAGUUCCACUAGGACUGAACAAGGAGAGUAUCUUACUUCCAAAUUACGGGUAGGUGCACAGGGUGAUCGUGGGUAUAAGUAUGAUGAUUUCCAUAGAAGGGUAACUCACCAUGGACGCUUAGAUUAUGAGGAAGCUCAAAUGGAAUAUGAUAAUAGAGAGUUGCCACCCUUUAUUGUGAAUCCUGUUCUAGAUAGAAGUGGUCAAGGUGAAGAACAUUUUGGUAAUCACAGGAGAGGUUCUAUAAAUGACCAUCCUGCAUUACAAAAACAAAAGUACGUUGACUACCAUGAUAUAGCCAGAACAUCAAUUGCAUCAAAGCAAAGUGAGGAUUGUUUGAAUUCUGGUUAUAAUCAUUUUGAAAGUGACAAGAGAAUGCCACGAGAGUAUGAAGCUUCAUAUCUGGCUGUAUCUGAGGCUGAACGAUCAUCAAUAUUAAGAUUGGAAUAUGAGUCGCAAAGAAAUAGAGGUCCAGGUCUUCAGCAAGAAAGGUUAAAUAAUCCUUUGACUAAACAUGAUUCAGAAGCCCACAGACAUGCUGCUAGAGUGCAUGAUAUGAAACAGGGUCUUGGCAUUCAUGAUCAUUCAGACAGACAGUUGAAGAGAAAAUACAAUGCAGAUGAUGGUAUGUAUCUGAGUGAUUCGAGAACCAUAAAAUCAUAUGAUUGGGAUUCACUGGAAGAAUAUCAAGAUCCUUAUGAGGAUGAAGAUUGGAUAGACGAUGAAGAAAUGAAUGUAAUGCAUUCAUCUUAUAAUGUUCGACUUGACCAUAAGUUCUAUGGAAAGGACACAAGAGAAUACAAUGAAUUGGGCAUGGUAGAAGAUUUCCCUCCUGAUGACUGGUUACCAUCUCAGCAUUCUGUGGGACAUUUGCAGCGGCAUACAUUUCGAUUUCGUAAGUAUUCCAAUCAAAAUGUAAAGAGUCAUCCAAGAUUUAAUUCUUCAAGCUGGAAUAAGCCCCAGCAUUUCUCUAAAAGAAAUGCAUUUCAUAAACAACCUAAAGUUUGGAAAAAAUAUCAUGGUUAUGAUGAGAAUGUGCGUACAACUAAUGAUGAGUUAUCUGAGGAUUUGACAAGUGCAACAGAAUCUGAGCCAACAGAAGGCUCUGAGGAGUUUAAUCAAAAGGUACAAGAAGCUUUCCUAAUGUACUCCAAGAGGUUGAAUGUGAACUCAUCUGUUCAAAGGAGGUACAAAGAGCAAGGAAAAGCUGGUAGUUUGUUCUGCAUCGUAUGUGGUAGAAGUUCCUCAAAGGAGUUCUUGGACACACAACGCCUCGUAACUCAUGCCUUUAUGUCCCAUAAGGCUGGGUUGAGAAUAGAGCACUUGGGUCUUCAUAAAGCAAUUUGUGUUCUGUUGGGAUGGGAUACUGUUGUUCCUCAAGACACAGUGACCUGGGUUCCCCAGGUUUUGCCUAAUGCUGAAGCUCUGGCACAGAAGGAAGAUUUAAUUCUCUGGCCUCCUGUCGUUAUCAUCCAUAAUGUAUCAAUGUCUGAUGACAACCCGCAAAAAUGGAAGGUGGUAAGCAUGGAAACAGUUGAGGCUUUCGUUAGAGGUAAAGGUUUUGUAAGGGGAAGAAUCAAGGUAUGCUUAGGGAAGCCUGCGGACCAAAGUGUUAUUUUGGUGAAGUUCUUGGGUACUUUUGUUGGGCUGGGAGAUGCAGAGAGGCUUAAUAAAUAUCUUUCUGAUUGCAAACGUGGAAGACUGGAAUUUGAGAGAAUAAAAUCUAAAACUAGCAGAUGCAGUGUUCUUGAUGAAAAGGAAAUACAGGGUGACAAAAUGGAGGGCAUUCUGUAUGGUUAUAUAGGAAUUGCCGAGGACUUGGAUAAAUUAGAUUUUAAUUCUAAGAAACGAUGUAUCAUUAAGAGCAGAAAGGAGAUUGAGCAGCUAGACAAGGAUCCUGUCAAAGCCAAUGAGAGGCGGUAGUUCGAGGUUAGCUCAAAGCUCUUACUGGGAAUUUCAUUUCCCUGGAAGUAAGAAAGUGGAUGUGGUGUGCUAAUUUCAGAUUUAAUUUGCCCUGUGCUUCUUUCAGUUGUUCUGUGUAUGGAUCAGUAAAUUGGAAUUUCACGAAUCAAUAGUACUUUGUCUUUUAUGUGUUUAGUAAUUUCCUAUGUUCCAACAAAAUCAAGCAUCAAAAGCUUUCUUUACAAUCU